GAAAACACCCCAAAAAUGGCAGGAUCGGGCCCGCAGGGGCUCGGCCCCAUCCCCGCCAGCGGCCGCGUGUCCCCGGCAACACCCCCAGAUGGUGACGAGGAUCUGCUGCGGGGCCUCGAGGGGGCCCUGGGGGUGAAGAAGAAGAAAAGGGGCCCACGGAAACAGAAGGAAAACAAACCCGGAAAACCCCGGAAACGGAAAAAACUGGUGAGCGAGGAUGAGCUGGAGUCGGAGAGGGACGAGUACCCCCGGGAGGAGUACCGGGAGAAGUCGGAGAGCGGCGGCAGCGACUCGGGCGGCGCGGCGCGGAAGCGGCGGCGGAAGCACCGCGAGAAGAAGGAGAAGAAAACCAAGAGGCGGAAAAAGGCCGAUGAUGAGGGGGGGCAGAAGGUCAAGGCGGUGGAGCAGAAAUCCUCGGCGCAGCUCUUGGGGGCCUGGGGGCUGGAGGACGUGGACCACGUGUUCACCGAGGAGGAUUAUCACACCCUCACCAACUACAAGGCCUUCAGCCAGUUCAUGAGGUGGGGCUGGGGGCACCCCGGGGGUCCUGGGGGUCCCUCUGGGAUGUUUUGGGGUCCCCUGGGUUGUUUGGGGGUCCCUGACCCGCCGUGCCCCCCAGGCCCCGGGCACAAGAAGCGCAGCAAGAGCCCGCGGGUGCCCGAGCUGAAGAGGAAGAUGAAGGGCAGGAAGAUGGCCCCGCUCAAAAUCAAACUGGGAGUACUGGGAGGCAAACGCAAGAAGAGCAGCUCGGUGAGAACCCUGAUCCCCAUCCCCAGGCCUGGCCCCGAGGAGGAGGGCGAUGGCUACGAGACCGACCACCAGGACUACUGCGAGGUGUGCCAGCAGGGCGGGGAGAUCAUCCUGUGCGACACCUGUCCCCGCGCCUACCACCUGGUGUGCCUGGACCCCGAGCUGGACCGCGCCCCCGAGGGACGCUGGAGCUGCCCCCACUGCGAGAAGGAGGGCGUGCAGUGGGAGGCCAAGGAGGAGGAGGAGGAGGAGGAAGAGGAGGAGGAGGAGGGCGAGAAGGAGGAGGAAGAUGACCACAUGGAGUACUGCCGCGUGUGCAAGGACGGCGGCGAGCUGCUGUGCUGCGACGCCUGCUGGGGGGGUUCAGUAUGGGUGGGGCUGUCCUACUGGCACUGCUCCUGGAUCAAGGAGCUGCAGCUGGAGAUCUUCCACCUGGUGAUGUACCGGAACUACCAGCGGAAGAACGACAUGGACGAGCCCCCUCCCCUGGACUACGGCUCCGGGGACGACGACCCCAAGAGCGAGAAGCGGGGGGCCGGGGGGGACCCCCUUUUCGGGGGCAUGGAGGAGCGCUUCUACCGCUACGGCAUCAAACCCGAGUGGAUGACGGUGCACCGCAUCAUCAACCACAGCGUGGACCGGAAGGGGCAGUACCACUACCUGGUGAAGUGGCGGGACCUGCCCUACGACCAGGCCACCUGGGAGGAGGACGAGAUGCCCAUCCCCGACUACGACCUGCACAAGCUGGCCUACUGGAAACACCGGGAGGUGUUCAUGGGGGAGGACCCGGCCCAGCCCCGCCGGUACAAGAAGAAGAAGAAGGAGACGCCGGGGGAGGGGCCCCCCGACUCGCCCACCAACGACGGCCACACCAAGGGCCCGUUCCUCGUCAGCGCGCCGCUCUCCACCAUCAUCAACUGGGAGCGCGAGUUCCAGAUGUGGGCCCCGGCCUUCUACGUUGUCACCUACACCGGGGACAAGGACAGCAGGGCCAUCAUCCGCGAGAACGAGUUCUCCUUCGACGACAACGCCAUGAAGGGCGGCAAGAAGGCCUUCAAGAUGAAGCGCGAGGCCCAGGUGAAGUUCCACGUGCUGCUCACGUCCUACGAGCUGAUCACCAUCGACCAGGCGGCGCUGGGCUCCAUCCGCUGGGCCUGCCUCGUGGUGGACGAGGCCCACCGCCUCAAGAACAACCAGUCCAAGUUUUUCCGGGUGCUCAACGGGUACAAGAUCGAGCACAAGCUGCUGCUGACGGGGACGCCGCUGCAGAACAACCUGGAGGAGCUCUUCCACCUGCUCAACUUCCUCACGCCCGAGCGCUUCAAUAACCUGGAGGGGUUCCUGGAGGAGUUUGCCGACAUCUCCAAGGAGGACCAGAUCAAGAAGCUCCACGACCUGCUGGGCCCCCACAUGCUGCGGCGCCUCAAGGCCGACGUCUUCAAGAACAUGCCGGCCAAGACGGAGCUGAUCGUGCGCGUGGAGCUCAGCCCCAUGCAGAAGAAGUACUACAAGUACAUCCUGACGAGGAACUUCGAGGCGCUGAACUCGCGGGGCGGGGGGAACCAGGUGUCGCUGCUCAACAUCAUGAUGGACCUCAAGAAGUGCUGCAACCACCCCUACCUGUUCCCCGUGGCGGCCAUGGAGUCCCCGAAGCUGCCGAGCGGCGCCUACGAGGGCGGGGCGCUGAUCAAGGCCUCGGGGAAGCUGCUGCUGCUGCAGAAGAUGCUGCGCAAGCUGAAGGAGCAGAACCACAGGGUGCUCAUCUUCUCCCAGAUGACGAAGAUGCUGGACCUGCUGGAGGAUUUCCUGGACUACGAGGGCUACAAGUACGAGCGCAUCGACGGCGGCAUCACCGGGGCCCUGCGGCAGGAGGCCAUCGACCGCUUCAACGCGCCGGGGGCGCAGCAGUUCUGUUUCCUGCUGUCGACGCGGGCCGGGGGCCUCGGCAUCAACCUGGCGACGGCCGACACCGUGGUCAUCUUCGACUCGGACUGGAACCCCCACAACGACAUCCAGGCCUUCAGCCGCGCUCACCGCAUCGGCCAGGCCAACAAGGUGAUGAUUUACCGCUUCGUGACGCGGGCCUCGGUGGAGGAGCGGAUCACGCAGGUGGCCAAGCGCAAGAUGAUGCUGACGCACCUGGUGGUGCGCCCGGGGCUGGGCUCCAAGGCCGGCUCCAUGUCCAAGCAGGAGCUCGACGACAUCCUCAAGUUCGGCACCGAGGAGCUCUUCAAGGACGAGAACGAGGGGGACAACAAGGAGGAGGACAGCAGCGUCAUCCACUACGACAACGAGGCCAUCGCGCGGCUGCUGGACCGCAACCAGGACGCCACCGACGACGCCGACGUGCAGAACAUGAACGAGUACCUGAGCUCCUUCAAGGUGGCCCAGUACGUCGUCAGGGAGGAGGACAAGAUCGAGGAGAUCGAGCGGGAGAUCAUCAAGCAGGAGGAGAACGUGGACCCCGACUACUGGGAGAAGCUGCUGCGGCACCACUACGAGCAGCAGCAGGAGGACCUGGCCCGCAACCUGGGCAAGGGCAAGCGCGUGCACAAGCAGGGCAGCUACAACACCGCCGCCCAGGAGGACCAAGAUAACCAGUCCGAGUACUCGGUGGGCUCCGAGGAGGAGGACGAGGACUUCGACGAGCGGCCCGAGGGCCGGCGUCAGUCCAAGCGGCAGCUGCGGAACGAGAAGGACAAACCCCUCCCCCCACUGCUGGCCCGGGUGGGCGGCAACAUCGAGGUGCUGGGGUUCAACACGAGGCAGCGCAAGGCCUUCCUGAACGCCGUCAUGCGCUGGGGGAUGCCCCCCCAGGACGCCUUCACGUCCCAGUGGCUCGUGCGGGACCUGCGGGGCAAAACCGAGAAGGAGUUCAAGGCCUACGUGUCCCUGUUCAUGCGUCACCUGUGCGAGCCGGGCGCCGACGGCUCCGAGACCUUCGCGGACGGCGUCCCCCGCGAGGGGCUGUCCCGGCAGCAGGUGCUGACCCGCAUCGGCGUCAUGUCCCUCGUCAAGAAAAAGGUGCAGGAGUUCGAGCACAUCAACGGCCGCUGGUCCCUGCCCGAGCUGGCCCCCGAGCCCAGCGCCGACUCCAAGCGCUCGUCCCGCGCCUCCUCCCCCGCCAAGACCGGCCCCCCCAGCCCCGAGCAGAGCGGCCCCCCCAGCCCCGCGCCCCCCACGCCCGCCACGCCGGCGCCCAGCGAGCGCGGGGACGGGCCAGGGCCACCCCCGGACAGGGACGAGGGUGACACCAGGGACGAGAAGGAACCCAAAGGCCCCGAGAAGAUGGAGACAGAUCCCCCUGUCCCCGAGGUGCCACCGUCGCCGGGCGAUGGCAGCGAGGCCGAGGGGCCCCGCAAGGGGGACGAGGAGGAGGGGCCCGGCCACAGGGACCCCGAGGCCGAAGGGGCCCCGGCCCGCGAGGAGCGGCCAGAGGAGGCCAAGGCCGAGCGGGAGCCCCGGGCGGAGCCGCGGCCCAACGGGCGGCGCGAGGACAGGGCCGAGAAACCGCGCUUCAUGUUCAACAUCGCCGACGGCGGCUUCACGGAGCUGCACACGCUGUGGCAGAACGAGGAGCGCGCCGCCAUCUCCUCGGGGAAGCUCAACGAGAUCUGGCACCGGCGCCACGACUACUGGCUGCUGGCCGGCAUCGUCCUCCACGGCUACGCGCGCUGGACCGACAUCCAGAACGACGGCGCCUUCGGGGUCAUCAACGAGCCCUUCAAGGGCGAGGCCUCCAAGGGGAACUUCCUGGAGAUGAAGAACAAGUUCCUGGCGCGCCGCUUCAAGCUGCUGGAGCAGGCGCUGGUGAUCGAGGAGCAGCUGCGCCGCGCCGCCUACCUGAACAUGACGCAGGACCCCAGCCACCCCGCCAUGGCCCUGAACACGCGCUUCGCCGAGGUCGAGUGCCUGGCCGAGAGCCACCAGCACUUGUCCAAGGAGUCGCUGGCGGGCAACAAGCCGGCCAACGCCGUGCUGCACAAGGUGCUGAACCAGCUGGAGGAGCUGCUGAGCGACAUGAAGGCGGACGUGACGCGCCUGCCGGCCACGCUGUCCCGCAUCCCGCCCAUCGCCGCGCGCCUGCAGAUGUCCGAGCGCAGCAUCCUCAGCCGCCUGGCCAGCAAGGGCACCGAGAGCCACCCUCCUCCUAGCUUCCCGCCCGGGCCCUACGCCACCCCCCCGAGCUACGGGGGCGCCUUUGGGACCCCCCCGGCCGGAGCCCUCCCCCACCCCGGGGGGGCCAACUACAGCCAGAUGCCCCCGGGCUCCUUCAUCUCCG